UAAAAAAGAAGAUUAUUUUCUAAUACAUUCUUUUCAGUAAGCAUUGCAAAAAAGACGAAUUGAGAAUGGCUCGCAUUUACGAAACAAGUUAUGUAAGGGUUGAAGAUAACGACAAAGAAGUACGUUUUAAAAACAUAAUUGAAUGCAUUAAAGAAUAUUCUUCUACGAAAUCGGACAUAGACGCUUUCAUUUUCGUCUCAACAGAUGGAGACAGGCAAAGUGUAACAUGGCAAGCUCUGUACGAGAGAUCGUGUGCAGCGGCAAGAGCAAUUUUACGGCUCGGUGUAAAAAGAAAGGAAAUAGUUGCAGCAAACCUUCGUUCGUGUCCUGAAUGGCUGUAUGCCACAUUCGGAUCUAUGAUUGCAGGCGCCAUUCCGAUGAGUAUCACAUUUACAUACUCAGAUGGAAGCGACCUAGUAGCGACCAUGGAAAAACUACAAUGCUGCUCGCUGUUGAUAAUGGACCCUGGAUUUGACAACGUUAAUUGGAACAUUUUGCAAAAGCUACUCGAAUACCACGAUGUCACAGGCGCAGUGAAAUCGACAAAAUUACCUUAUCUUCGAUAUCUACUCGGUGUUGGUUUUGAAAAUGCGUCUGGCGACGUUAGAGACUUCAGAGGUUCGUUUCUUGAUGAUACAUCGAUUGAUGUAAAUUUUGCUAAUAUAGAAUCAGAUGAUGUUGCGACAUUCCUACAAACGUCCGGGAGUACGGGAAUACCGAAGCUUGUUGUACAUACACACGGGACUCUGUUAUCUGCAAGUGGCACGAAUCUCAUAGCCUUUGAUUCAAAUCACAAAAUAUUCAAUGAUAGACCAUUUAUUUGGAUCGGAGGAUAUCCGUUCUCAGUUAUGACCGGUCAAACACGAGUAACAGUAUCAGGAUUUUGUGAUGCACCGAAAAAUCGAGUCGCUUUUAUGAAGGAUGUUAUACUAAAAGAGAGAUGCACUUUAACUGUUGGUUUACCACCACUAAUGGCGGAGCUAAAAAGAUCACAGGAUGAUCUGCCUUCCGAUUGGCCAAUAAAGGGAAUAUUGACUGGAGGUCAGCCAAUGACAAAAUGUCUAGCAAGCUGCAUUGGAAAAGCUGGCAAGUUUCUUUGCUGCAUUUAUGGGUCGUCUGAAGUGGUAUUCCUUACCCAGUUUUUGGUUGAAAAUGAGACAGACUUAACAGAAUAUGCGUGUGGCACGGCCUUAAAACUGAAAGGACUUGAAAUGAAAAUUGUUGACGAAAAUGGCCAGACGUUACCAGUAAACACACGCGGAGAGAUAUAUGUUAAAACUCCAGGUAUGUUUAAGGGGUAUUUGAAUGACCCAGAGAAAACAAAAGCUGUCAUGACACCGGACGGUUGGUAUAAAUCGGAUGAUAUUGGACGAAUUACCGAGAACGGACUAUUUUUCGUAGAGGGACGAAAAUCGAACAUGAUCAUAUCUGGGGGACUCAACGUUGCCCCUGAAAUAUUAGAGCAAGUUAUAAAGACAUUUCCAGGUGUUGAAACAGCUGUCAUCGUUCCUGUACCAGACGCCAUUUACUACCAGGUCGUGUGCGCAUGCGUAGUGAGGAAACCCGGAAGUGAUCUUACUGAAGAGAUGCUGCGAAAAGUUUGCGAGGACUUCCAUGCUGAUAAACCAGGGCUUUUCACUGUUCUUCCAAAGUUCUACAUGUUCAUAGAUAAACUUCCAGAGACUAAUACCGGAAAAAUUGACAGGCGAGCAAUCAUAAAAAUCGCAUGUGACAAAUUUAAAUGAUAUUUUAUAUACCUGCUCCAUACUCCAAAUUAUUUACAUUUGUAGUCAUACAGAUUUACUAUUUGUUCCAGUGUACUGGUUUUAUGUGCACAAAUAUCGCCUAUUUACUUCCUUACGUAUUGUUGUACAGUAUAUUGUAUCUUAAAUAAAUAUGAAUACAU